UUGUAACAAGUGUGUGACCUUAAGAAAGCAACAAAGCAACUAAUUACUAGCAAACAGAACUGAGGCUGACCGGCAGCUGCAUGGCUUCGGAAACUCAACCCGGAAAACUGUCAAAGCCGGUCACCAACUGGAUACCUCAUUUAUCUGCUACCAGUCUAAGCAGCCAGGUAGAAAUACAGCAACAUUUGCAUCCCAUCGAUUAAGACCCGUCAAAUCGCCCCUCGUGCUACCUAAUUGGGAAGGAGAAAAGGGGGAGGCUUUCCCCGCUAUUUUCUGUCCAACGAUCGCUGACUUUGUAACACUAGAUUCGCUGGCUGGCGGGAGGAAGAGAAGACUGCUCGGCGGUUUCCAAGCUCCAGCAGACAGCCCCAGAUGCAGCCAAGUUUUAGGCUGUUCGGUCUCCGUUUUCCUUUCCCCAAGAGCGAAGCGCCUCUCCAGCUCGCCCGUCGAAAGAUGCCGGGUUAACGACACCUGCGCUCCCAUCUGUGCCAUAAAGGGGGCUCGGGUCGCCCCAAGAAGAGACGAGUUGGGCCAAGAAGUCCUUUCCCCGCCGGAAGCCAGAGCGCUCCAGCCCCGCGCCUCACUCAGCCGAGAGCUCCUUCACCAGUCCCAAAUGGGUAGGUGGCCUGGCGGCUGGUUUCCUGCCAUCAGCCCCCUACCUUUAGUUUGUGUGUUUCCCUCUCUAUCGCCAAGAAAGGGAUUAAUUAACCGGGCUGGAGCUGAAAGAGGCUGCCGUGACGAGCCCAGUGGCGAUUGGCCGCCCGCCCGCCUGGCCCUGCCUUUAUAAUUUCCACACGAGUGCAUCUGGGCUCUUAUACAAACCAACAGCCAGCUUCUUCUGACAUACACACACAUGCACGCACACGCGCGCAUACACAAACUGAGAGUGAGCGAGGCAGAGAGAGAGAGACCCAGCACUUUCCCCACGAUCCUGCACAACCCUGCGCGCACACAAGGUGGCUACUUCAGAAGAAACACAAAUAAAUACUCAGUCCCGGCAGUGGCGCUUUGCCUUUGGGAGCCUUCCUGUAUUCUGGGCUCCAACUCUGGCUUCUUGUUUGUGUCUCUGUUUCUCUCUAUAUUUUUAAGCUGCAGAUCUCGAUGCUUUCCGAAGUUUACUCCGAGGUCUUCUCGACAGAAUAAAACGGGGAUUGCAUUGAGCUUGUGUUUCCUUGGCAAAGACCACAGAUCUGUCCGGCACUGACCACCUCCAUCCCGCCAGAAGGAAAAGCAUCUCGGCUGAGGAGUGGAGAGGAGCCGCCGCCGCCGCCCAGUCCUUGGGGUCCCUUUCCGAGUGCGAGGCAGCCCGAUUCUCCUCUGAAGUUGGCUCCAGCCUUAGCAGCCGCAUUGGAUCCCACAGCUUACUGCGAGACUCCGGUCUACAAUCCGGAUCUCUGCCCCAACAUGAUCGCGGCCCAGGCCAAACUGGUGUACCACCUCAACAAAUACUACAACGAGAAAUGCCAAGCGCGGAAAGCGGCCAUUGCGAAAACUAUCCGAGAAGUCUGCAAAGUGGUCUCGGACGUGCUGAAGGAGGUGGAGGUGCAGGAGCCGCGCUUCAUCAGCUCCCUGAACGAGAUGGACAACCGCUACGAGGGCCUGGAGGUCAUCUCGCCCACCGAGUUCGAGGUGGUCCUUUAUCUGAACCAGAUGGGCGUCUUCAACUUCGUGGACGACGGCUCGCUGCCCGGCUGCGCGGUGCUCAAGCUGAGCGACGGGCGGAAGCGGAGCAUGUCCCUCUGGGUGGAGUUUAUCACGGCCUCCGGGUACCUUUCGGCUCGCAAGAUCCGCUCGCGGUUUCAGACCCUGGUGGCCCAAGCCGUGGACAAAUGCAGCUACAGAGACGUGGUGAAAAUGGUGGCGGACACCAGCGAGGUGAAGCUGCGCAUUCGGGACAGAUACGUGGUGCAGAUCACGCCGGCCUUUAAGUGCACCGGGAUCUGGCCCCGGAGCGCGGCCCACUGGCCCCUGCCCCACAUCCCUUGGCCGGGCCCCAACCGCGUGGCCGAGGUCAAGGCCGAAGGGUUCAACCUCCUCUCCAAGGAGUGCCACUCGCUGGCGGGCAAGCAGAGCUCGGCCGAAAGCGACGCCUGGGUCUUGCAGUUCGCCGAAGCCGAGAACCGGCUGCAGAUGGGCGGCUGCCGGAAGAAAUGCCUCUCCAUCCUCAAAACCUUGCGGGAUCGCCACCUGGAACUGCCCGGGCAACCGCUCAACAACUACCACAUGAAGACUCUGGUCUCCUACGAGUGCGAAAAGCAUCCGCGGGAGUCGGACUGGGACGAGUCGUGCCUGGGCGAUCGCCUCAACGGGAUCUUGUUGCAGCUGAUCUCCUGCCUCCAGUGCAGGCGAUGCCCGCAUUACUUCUUGCCCAAUCUAGACCUCUUCCAGGGCAAACCGCACUCCGCCCUCGAAAACGCAGCCAAACAAACCUGGCGGCUGGCGAGGGAAAUACUUACCAACCCCAAAAGUUUGGAAAAACUUUAGAGGGAGAGGAAAGGCGGCCUUAAACUACUGUAUUCAAAUGUCUUUCUAUUCCGAUAAUUUCUGUUGGGGGAGGGAAGUCAGGGGUUCCCAUCCGACAAUGAAGCAUCGCCUAUGGAUUACGCCGUCCACACACGUGCAGAUGCACACAAAAGCCCGCAGCAAAUAUUAUGACUUAUUAGAAUCACAAUUUUCAAACCAGAAUCACAAUUUUCAAAUCCCGUCUGGGGAAAAAAAGAAAAGGUAUUACCGCCAUCGUCAUCAUCUGGGGAAAUGCAAUAUCGGCUGCAAUUGAGCCUGAUUGUGACCAUUCUGCCUAGAAGCCAGACCCGUGGAAUAUAGUAACAAGACCCGUGUUUUGUUUUGGUUUUUUGUGUGAUUAAAAGCUGUGUCUGGAAAUACCAUUUGAACAAGGGCAACAAAAACACACAAAAGCUCACACUUGUUUCGCACCCUCAAUGUACAUUUUUAAUUUGUAUGGAAUAUUGUGAUCUCACAUUGUCUUUGAAAUUGUGGAUGUUAGUGUUUUGUGAUUUGGUGAAGAGAAGUUAAAUGGCCAUUUUGGAUACUUCAGGACAUUUUCUGCUCAAGAAGAUACCAUUUCAAAAGGUA